UGAUGUUGAUGAUUACAUCAUCAUCUCGACAAUCUGCCCACGCAUACAUACAUAUAAUACAUAAUACAUAAUACAUAUGAUUGUUUUAGUAAUAAUGCAUAAUACUAAUCAUUACUACUACUGAUACACUACUACUAUUAUUAUGAUAUGGCGCACAUGAAUAGUUGAACAAUAAUUACAACGGUAAUGAAUAUCAUUUUAUCCGGAACUAAUCAUCAUCAUCAUCAUCAUCACCAUCUUUUCACGACAAAUUUCAUUUUACGUAGUAGCAUAAUUACGCAUUAUAUACAAAGCAGUUAUAUGACACACUACUUAUAUUUAUUGAUUCUUUUAACUGAAGUCAAUUGUAGAAAACAACUGAAUUCAAAUAUUACUAGCACUAAUGGUAACAAUCCUAUCAUGAUUCAUGGGAUUAGUACAAUCAAUAAACCAUCCCUACUACAUGAUACCAUGGAUAGUACAAGUCCAAGAGCAUACGAUGAUUCAGGGCGACGAAUUAACAGUAAUAAUAAUAAUAAUAAUGAUCCUGUUGGAUCAGUAACACUUCAAUUGGCGUUUAUUGUUAUUGAAGAAGUGAAAAUAGGCAGUUUAAUAGGGAAUUUAUUAGAUAAAUUACAUUUACACAAUCCAAAUUGGUUAAUGACCACUCAUUCAUCAAAUAAUAAUAAUAAAAAUAAUAAUAAUAAUCUAUUUGUUAAUUUAAAACCAAUCCCAUAUGUGAAUUUAAAUCAAACCACUGGAGAUUUAACAGUACGUGCACGAAUUGAUCGUGAGACAUUAUGUGAUACAAUGGGAACAUGUUGUCAUUUGAAUCGACCAAUGGAUUGGUCAACUAAUAACGAUAAUCAUAAUAAUCAUAAUAAAUUACAAAUCAUGAAUAAUGACAAGUAUCUAGAACAAUUAUCAAUGAUUUCUUCCGAUUGUGCAUUACGUAUGUUAAUUUUAUAUCAUACAGACAGUGAACAAUUCUUAGAGAUUAUCAUUUAUAUAUUAGACAUUAAUGAUAAUCCCCCAAGAUGGAUACAGUCAGUGAUUGAAUUAGAAAUACCAGAACAUACCACCAUUGGAACAGGAUAUCAACUGCCUGAAGCUAUUGAUCCAGAUCAAGGACCUAUGCAUACAGUGGUAGCUUAUGAAUUAGAAAAUAAGCUAUUCAAAAAAGGUAUUGAUCGAACUAGUAGAGAUUAUUAUUAUUCAUCAUCAUCAUUAUCAGAUAGAGAAGAGUUGCAAGAUCAAAAACCAUUCAGUUUAGAUGUACGUGUAUUGGAUAGUGCCGAGUCGGCAGCACAGAAAUUUUCAUUGAAACUUCGUAUUGAAGAAGAUUUGGAUCGUGAAACACAUCCUACUUAUGAAUUAAUGUUAUAUGCUAUUGAUGGCGGGGAAACAGUUCAAGCUCAUGCUGGACGACAUUAUACACCAACACAUGGGAUUUAUUCACCUCCGAAUAUAUCAAAUCGGCAUACAGGAUCAGUGCUGAUACGUGUAUUACUUAUGGAUAAGAAUGAUAAUGCACCGGUAUUUAAAAAUCCUAAUCAAAUUAUUGUUAUUCCAGAGAAUACCAAACCGGGUACAGUGAUCUAUCAAGCAAUAGCAAAUGAUUUAGAUUCUUCAGAUCAAAAUUCUUUAGUUUAUAAAAUUGGACCAUCGGCUAGUGCAGAAGUGUUGCGAUGUUUUCGAUUGAAUCCGGAUACAGGUGAACUAAUCUUGAUUAUGCCAUUAAGUUAUCAGAAUGCUAGUAUUCUAUCGGCAGACAGUGGUAGUAGUAACAUAGUGGUAAACAACUCAAACAAUAGGCUGUUGGAUAGUGUUUCCAAUAAUUUACCUUUAAUUGGUCAUCGAAUACCAAUUCAAGUUAGUGAUCAAAUACAUAUUACAAAAAUGACACUUAUAGUUAGUAUUAGAAAAAUCAAUAUGAAUCCACCAACCAUUCAUAUAGCAUCACAUUUACGUUUAUCUUCAAGAGGUAAUCAUAUAUGGCUAUCGGAAGAUGCUCAACUCGGUUCGCUGGUCGCAAUGAUCAAUGUGGUGGAUUCCGAUGACCUCAUACCACAGAGUAGUAGAUCAAAUCAACUCAUGGUAGGGAAAGAAGUCAGAUCGGAAUGUCGUAGUAAACAUGAUUCAUUUGAAAUUGUUCCGCUGCACACUAUGACUAAUUCCGACUUUAAAUUAUUACUUAAAAAAUCAUUAGAUCGUGAGGUGAAACCAUCGCAUAAUGUUAAAAUUGAAUGUUGGGAUAGUGGUGAGCCGCCGUUGACAGCUGAAACUAGUAUCCUGAUACAGGUGGAUGAUGUGAAUGAUUCACCGCCCCUGUUUGAUCGUCCAUUUUAUUAUGCUAAAAUUAAAGAAGGUCUUGAUCCUUCUACACCAAUUAUACAAGUACAUGCUAGUGAUGCUGAUUUAGGCAUAAAUUCUGAAAUCAUAUAUCGACUAGUUGCACAAGAAUAUACAUUAGCUACUGCUUUACCUGACUCACUGUGUUCCUCAAUGAAUUCACUUCACACUGAACAUAAUCUAAUAUCGAUCAAUGAGAAUACUGGCGAGUUGAUGAGUCAAAUCGCGUUGGAUCGUGAAAGUAUUGCAUUGAUCAAUUGUACCGUGGAAGCAAUCAAUCGAAAUCAGUUGUAUUUAACAGAUAAUGAUAAUAAUAAUAAGAGGAAUGUGUUGCAUAAAACUUCCACACAAAUUAUUAUUACCAUUGAUGAUUUAAAUGAUUGUAAACCAAUGUUCAAUGAAUCAUCUUAUGAGUUUACUGUUGUUGAAGGUCAAAAAUCACAUUAUCAAAUAGGUCGAGUGUAUGCAGUAGAUUGUGAUGCGGAAUUAUCGAAUCGUAUUGUGCGAUAUAGUAUGAGACCAUCACCAGGGACAGUGGGUCAAAUGGUGAAACUUUAUGUUUACAUUAGUUUUGAAGGUAUCAUCUAUACACAUCAAACAACAGAUCGUGAACAAACACCUGUGUUAACAUUUGAAGUAAUAGCCACUGAUACAGGCAAUCCACCAUUGUCAGCUGUAACAAGUGUUCUCAUUAGAAUUUUAGACACCAAUGAUAAUUCACCAGUAUGGAUAUUUCCUAAACAAUUCGGUGCUAAUAGUGUAAUAAAUAUAUCACAACAUUCAACUGUUGGUUUAUUAAUUGCUCAAUUAAAAGCAAUUGAUAUUGAUGAAGGUUUAAAUGGUGAAGUGGUCUAUUCCAUUGUUCAUGGAAAUGAUGAUGGAUUAUUUGAAGUGGAUUCAAUGAGUGGUACUUUGUAUUUAAUACGUUCAUUGCAUCAUUUAAUACAACCAAUGCAUUUAAAAUCAUUCACGAAAGAUGAAUUAAAUAAUAAUAAUAAUACUAUAUUACUUCAAACUGGAGAAAUAUUGGAGAAUCCAGCGAAAUUUCAUCAUGAACAAAUUCAUAGUUAUCGACUUUUGUUGAAAGCACAAGAUCGUGGUACACCACCACGACAUAAUACCACCGUGCUGUAUGUGGCUAUAAUUCCUGCACAAUUCGAUAAACAAUCAUACACCACUGAUCGUACCUCCAUGGAAUCAAUGAUGUAUCAUCAACAGACAGAUGUGAAACGUCAAUCAGAUUCAAGUAUUAUUUUAGAUUUUAAACGAAUGGAUCGUGACCUGAUCGUAAUGAUUGUGUUAAUUGCAUUGACUCUGAUUAUUUCAGUGAUUUUAAUUGUGACCAUAUUUUUGAUACGAUGUCGGCAUUUAUUAUGCAUUAUGCCAUUUCGUAGACAAACGCAUCAUAAUCGUAACAAUAAUACUAAUAAUCAUACUAUUACAGCUAAUAAUAAUAAUAGUCAUCAUCAUCCGUUUACAUUAGAAAAUCAUACAAUCCAAUCAAAUAAUAGAAAUGCUUGUGAAUUUAUUCGUGAUCAAUGGUGGAAUAAGUUACGUCAAGUUAAAACAUUACCAAAAGAAUAUUGUACAAAUAAAUCGGGAGGUGAUUUAUUAUCUACCUCUAGUCAAGAAAUGUAUAGAGCUAGUACACUUGAACAUUGUCCAGAGUUCAAUUUAUUGCGUUCUGUACAAAACACAGCAUCCAAUUCUCCAUGUGAUCAUAUCUUGUUGAAAGAUUCCACUUAUAGAACAAUCAAUCCAAACAUAUUCAAGCAUAAUAAUCCACAACCAUGCACUAAUUUAUCAUGUGUAUUCAAUCCCAAUUCACAGAUUAUUCAUAAUCCUAAUAAUCAUAGUAAAUACAAUACAAUCUCUGCUAUAAAUAAUUCUUUAUUAACUAAUGAUUUCAUGAUUGAAAUGAAUCACCCUCAACUGGAUGAAAAUCCUUAUACUUUAUUAAAAACUUCAGAUAUGCGAAGUUUUUGCAAAGAUGCUCCAACCACAAAUUCAAUAACAACAACAACAACAACAAUAACAGCAACAUAUCAACCAUUAUAUUCAACAUCAUCAAAACAAUUAUGUUUAACACCGAUUAUUUAUGAACACAACAAUACCAACAGUAGUGAUAAUAAUAACGAUGAAAAUGAAUUUCAAAAACCUACUGAUACAUUGAAUAAAUCAUUAGCCGCGAAAAUCAAUCAUUCAGAGAAACAACAAUUCAGCGUACUGAAUAAUUGCGCACAAUUGAACGAUGAACAUCGGAAGUGAACUUAAUUAAAACAAAUAUCGAAUUCCCCCUAAAAAAAUAGAGAAACGAUAAAAGUACUGAUAUUCUUGUAUAAAAAAAUAAGACGAUUUUAUUCUAUGUAAAUGAAGUACACAUUGUAUUAAUGUUGAUUAUUAUUGUUUAAUAAAAACUGACAUUUAUUUUAAA